GGCGGCCCGGGAGGGAGCUGGCGCUCAAGAUGGCUGCCGCUGCGGCGGCGGCGGGGGAGCGGCGGCAGGCGGCGGCGGGGCCCCGGGGCCCGCGGGUGCUGGAGGAGCAGGGCGCCGCGGCUGCCCCCGUGUGCCGCAGCUGAGGGGGCCGGUGGCCGCCGCGGUGAGCCCGGCCCGUGUGGUUAUGUUUCACACUAUGUGCUGACUGUCUGUACUUACAGAAGAUAUUUAAAAACAAACAGACUUUUUUUCAAAGAUUUUGAUUCCAGUGGAAUCUGUGCUUUAGAGUUUUGUCUUGUCUGUUAACUCCUGAAGCAAUGCCUGUACAAGCUCCACAGUGGACGGAUUUUCUCUCCUGCCCAAUUUGCACACAGACUUUUGACGAAACAAUUCGGAAGCCCAUCAGCUUGGGUUGUGGCCACACUGUCUGCAAGAUGUGCCUCAACAAGCUCCACCGUAAGGCAUGUCCUUUCGACCAGACCACUAUCAAUACAGACAUUGAGCUCCUUCCUGUGAACUCGGCCUUGCUGCAACUAGUGGGUGCUCAGGUUCCUGAGCAGCAGCCAAUUACUUUAUGUAGUGGAGCUGAAGAUACCAAGCAUUACGAGGAGGGCAAGAAAUGUGUGGAAGAACUAGCAUUGUACCUCAAACCACUCAGCAGCGCAAGAGGUGUGGGUCUCAACAGUACUACUCAGAGCGUGCUAAGUCGUCCCAUGCAGAGGAAACUUGUGACAUUAGUUCAUUGCCAGCUGGUGGAGGAGGAAGGGCGGAUCAGAGCCAUGCGUGCAGCACGGUCGCUUGGUGAAAGGACAGUCACAGAGCUCAUUCUUCAGCAUCAAAAUCCUCAGCAGCUCUCUUCCAACCUCUGGGCUGCAGUGAGAGCCAGAGGAUGCCAGUUCCUUGGACCAGCAAUGCAAGAGGAGGCUUUAAAGCUGGUUCUGCUGGCUCUGGAAGAUGGAUCUGCUUUGUCACGAAAGGUCUUGGUUCUCUUUGUGGUUCAGAGGCUGGAGCCACGAUUUCCUCAAGCUUCUAAAACUAGCAUUGGGCAUGUUGUCCAGCUUCUUUACAGAGCCUCCUGCUUCAAGGUGACAAAGCGAGAUGAGGAUUCCUCCCUGAUGCAACUGAAGGAGGAAUUUCGGACUUACGAAGCUCUGAGAAGGGAACAUGAUUCCCAGAUAGUUCAAAUUGCUAUGGAAGCAGGUUUACGCAUUGCACCAGAUCAGUGGUCCUCACUGUUAUAUGGAGACCAGUCUCACAAAUCCCACAUGCAAUCCAUCAUUGACAAGUUGCAGACCCCAGCCUCAUUUGCACAGAGUGUUCAGGAAUUAACUAUUGCUCUUCAGAGGACUGGAGAUCCAGCUAAUCUGAAUCGUCUUCGACCUCACCUAGAGCUCCUGGCAAAUAUUGAUCCCAGUCCAGAUGCUCCACCUCCAACAUGGGAACAACUGGAAAAUGGACUAGUUGCUGUGAGGACUGUGGUUCAUGGCUUAGUUGAUUAUAUCCAGAAUCACAGCAAGAAAGGAACAGAUCAGCAACAGCCUCCCCAGCACAGCAAGUACAAGACAUACAUGUGCCGGGACAUGAAACAGAGAGGAGGAUGCCCCCGAGGGGCCAGCUGCACCUUUGCACAUUCACAGGAGGAACUAGAAAAAUUCCGUAAAAUGAACAAGCGUCUGGUUCCCAGAAGACCCCUGAGUGCCUCCCUGGGCCAGCUAAAUGAGGUGGGCCUGCCUUCAGGAGCUAUCCUCUCAGAGGAAGGGGGAGUGGACUUGCCCAAUAGGAAAACUUCUGCUCUGCCAGGCAGCACGGUGACGCAACUGAUUUCUCGAGGGACUGACUCCAGUUAUGAAACUGCUCUGAAACCAGGGAAAAUGGAUCAUCUGAGCAGCAGUGCCCCUGGAUCCCCUCCUGACUUGCUGGAAUCUGUCCCCAAGAGCUCUAUCUCUGCCUUACCAGUGAACCCCCAUCCUGUGCCCACUCGGGCACCAACAGAUCUGUCUUCAGUGUCUGUCACCAAGCAGCUGCAAAUGGUACCACGAGGGUCUCCAUAUCAGCAAGCAGAUAUGUUUUACCAGGAUCCUAGGGGAGCUGCCCCACCAUUUGAACCAGCACCCUACCAACAAGGAGUUUAUUAUCCCACUCAGUCCAUGUCUCGCUUUGUCCGACCUCCUCCAUCAGCCCCUGAACCUGGUCCACCUUAUCUAGACCAUUACCCACCCUACCUUCAGGACCGUGUGGUGAGCCCACAGUACACGCAGCCGCAGCAGUAUCCCAUGGGACAGCCCAUAUACCCACCCCACUACGACAGCCGUCGUGUGUAUCCUCCUGUCCAGCCGUACCAGCGAGAGGAGAUUGUCCGAGGAAGCCCUGUACCCAUUGAAAUUCCACAAGCAGUUGUACCUUCCUAUGUACCUGAUUCCAGGGAGAGAUACCAGCAAACAGAGGGUUAUUGCCCAGUGCCUCCGCAUCUCAGUCAGAUCAGACCUUCGUGCCACAGGCCACAUCCCAGCCUGGACGAACUUCACCGACGAAGAAAAGAGAUCAUGGCCCAGUUAGAAGAGAGGAAGGUGAUUUCUCCACCUCCUUUUGCACCCUCACCAACCUUGCCUCAUCCUUUUCAUUCAGAGGAGAUUUUUGUGUUUGUACAGUUCUUGGAUGAAGACCUGAAGGUAACUGGGAAAUACAAAGGAAAUGACUACAGCCAGUACUCUCCCUGGUCCUGUGAAACCAUCGGCUCCUACAUUGGAACCAAAGAUGCAAAACCCAAAGAUGUUGUGGCAGCAAGGAGUGUGGAGAUGGCGAAUGUAGAUAGUAAAGCCAUGCGCGACCAGCGGUUAGACAUGCAGCGAAGAGCAGCAGAGACUGGUGAUGAUGACCUCAUUCCAUUUGGAGACCGACCAACUGUGUCGAGGUUUGGGGCUAUCUCUCGUACUUCCAAAGCGAUGUACCAGAAUUCCGGUCCCAUCCAGGCCAUGGCAGUUCAGGGAGCUACCACCAAACCAAUCAUUUCAGACUACAAUCUUUAUGGAACUCACAGUGGCUGGGGAGGCUCUCCAUAUUCUCCUCAUCAAACUAUACCUUCUCAGGGACGUUUCAACGACAGGGAGAGGCUGUCCAUGUCAGAUGUGGCUGGUCAUGGGAAACAGUUGCCCUCAGCAGAGCGAGAGCAGCAGCUGCGCAUGGAGCUGCAGCAGGUAGACCAUCAGAUCAGCCAGCAAACACAGAUGCGAGGACUAGAGGCUGUUAGUAACAGGCUGCUGUUGCAGAGGGAGGCGACUACCCUGGCAGGCCAACCACAGCCCCCACCCCCACCUCCCAAGUGGCCUGGGAUGAUCUCAAGUGAGCAGCUGAGCUUGGAGCUACACCAGGUGGAAAGGGAAAUUGGGAAGAGAACCCGUGAGCUGAGCAUGGAGAGCCAAUCUUCACUGGAUAUAAAAAACAAACUGGGCACCACUAAACAGACUGAAAAUGGGCAAUUAGAACAGCAAAGCAAGGUUCCAGCUGAGGACCUCGCACUGGCAUUCAGCAGUGAUGUUCCAAAUGGAUCAGCCUUGACACAAGAGAACAUUGGCCUCCUGUCAAACAAGACAUCAUCUCUCAGCCUGUCAGAGGACUCAGAGGGAGGAGGAGACAGCCACGACUCCCAGAGAGUGGGAGUUACACCCACGUCUGCUCCAUGAAUAGAGGCCAGGAUACCCCAGAGCUUCUCUUGCUGGGGUGUCAGUAGCUUCCAUCACAUUUUUUUCCAGGGGUGAUUGGAGAAACCCAGGAGCAACAGCAGUAGCAGAGCAGCAGGUCCAGAGGCAAUGUGCACAAACACAACUACUAGAAACAAAUCCUGCACAUAGUUCACAUUAACGCAUUUUUUAAUUAAAAAAAUGAAAAUUAGCAGUAUCUGCAAGCAAUUCAAAUUAAAUUUGUUUUUGUUCUGUGAAUGAACUUUAUUUUAAUAACUUUGGACGCCUUGGAUCCCAGGGCUUAAAAAAAAAGAUAUUAUAUAUAUACUCUGUUUGAUUAAUUGUAUGAUCUUAAUGAAGUAGUUUUUUCCUUUUAUUUUGGUGGUAUUACAUACCCAGUGCAUACUUCCUUAUCACCUUAGUUUCUCAAUGACUAAAACAACCUGGCCACUUCCUUGUAUGGCGUAAGGGUAAACAAGGAAUGAGGAUUGGAGAGUAGCUGUGAAUUACGAUGUCAAAAGAUGUGCAGCAAACUUAAUUCUUAAAACAGUUCCUCCCAUUGUGGUUGGAAACUGAACCCUAGCUCGUGUGAGCCCUCUUGCUUAAACUACAAGUGACAGAAUCCUUGCAAUGCAGCAGGUGCAGUCCUUCAUGUGUGUUCCAACAUGGCAUGUGUAAUUAAAGAGGAUAACAAAAGCAAUGUCCAAUAUAUUUUAAGAUUGUUGGCCUUUUAUUUUCUGUUGAGGUCAGCAGAAUGCAGACCUAUCUGCUACAGCUGGUAUUUCUGAAGCUGGUUAGUUGGGGCAUGGGGUAGGGAGGCUUAACUAACCAGGGAAGGUUGUGCUGCUGUAACCAAGGCAGAAUCUCUAGAAAUAGGAAGCAGAGUGAGCACAGGGUUAUGGAGUUGCUGGAGGGAUGUUAACUGCAGGUGAGCUGGUGAACCAUGUUAGUUCAUCCAGUGUUUUCUCUUGGUGGUAGUGGGUUUUUCCCCCUUCUUACUAUGCCUUUAAAACAAGCUUACUCGAAGUCCAUGCAGUUAAGCUGAUGCAAAGGGGCUUACUGACCUCUGUCUUUUCAAGCAGGUCUUCCAUGUAUGACUCCUUCUAGGCAAUUCUUGCCUUUAUUUUUUUCUUCAUUGCUCUUUUUGUAUUAAUGACAUAAUGUCCUCUCUAACCUGGGGUUUUUUUCUUCUUUUGUUCAGUGACACAUCAGUUUUCAGUUGUAAUGCUACUGAAGGAGAGCAACAUCUUUGAUUUGUGCACGUCAGUGAUGGCAAUAUUUUUUUUUCUUUUUUAAAGUUGGCAUUGUUUAAGGUGCCUAGGAUUUAGAAUUUGACACCUGAGAAUCCAUCUGCAACUUGUCUGCCACUGCUGUAGUGAAUCCUUCCUAAAUUCCCUUUUCAUAGGGGAAAAGUUACAUCAAAAUGACCACCUAAGGUAGAGCAUGGAUCCUGUCAAGUACUGAAAGUCAAAUUUUGCUUGAGAAGAUCUAGUGUGCUUCUUCUCCAAGUAGAUGCUUUGUAAGCAUAAGUUGGAGAAACCAUAAGCCUUCCUAGAUGUUUUCUUUAAAAGUCUAAGAAAUAAGAGAUUUUGUUCUUGCUGCACCUUUUUUUGACACUUGACAUGCACAAGCAUGAGACCCUGUGUAAAAAGAACUCUGUGGAGCAUGAUUUAAAAAUGCUGCUCCUUCAGCACCUCCUUGGCCUGUUCUCAUUUUUUCUUUCUGGGUUAGACUACUAAAUUGAAAAGCACUGGUUAUGUAAUAAAUUUCUGCAUUGCUUUGGUUGGGUAAAGCAAGAGUUAAUAAUUUUCUUGGUUUUUAGUUUUUUCCUUAACCUUAACUCCUGCUGAGGUCAUAGCAACCUUGGGCUAAGCUUUGCAUUCAUCAUACUGUUAAAUAAAACAAAAUGGGGGGUGGGAGGGGAUACAGUCCCACUAUUGCCUACCAGUAGGAGAGUCCAAACAGAAGACUCUUUUGAGUAGCAAUUAUUUAAUUUGCCCAGUCAAGGCACCGCGUUUAUAUACUAUUUCACAUUGAAUUUGAUUAUGCCCUACAGACCUGGCUGGUCAAGGAUUUGAUACACAUAUUGGCUUGGGAUUCGAGCUUUCUUUUUUAUUUAAAUAAAAAUUUAUAUAUAAAUAUAUAUAUACAUAUAUACAUAGUUAUAUCUGUAUAUAUAUUGGGUAUGUUUUAAGAAUCUUUUCGCAUGAGCGCAGCUGUUGUGAUCAAAUGUCUGGGAGGUAGAAGCACUGAAUGAAAAUAAAGGCAUUUUUCAGCAUACACACCCACACUUUCCAUAUGUCUUCACACAGGUUUACUUUGCUCUUAGCUGAACUUUGGCCUCUUAAUUGCCAAGAGUAGUUUGGAAGCUUGCUUUUUUUUUUCCUAACCCCUUUUAACUUUUGGCAAAGAAUCGUCUUUGCACCAGAAUAGCUUCAUCUGCACCUUGCCCCCCUCCAUCCAGAUCUCCUGUUUGAGGCCCAACAUAACUGCUGCUCCCUGUGGAGCUGAGCAGAGCUCGGCUGAUGCAGUUUUGAGCCUGCCAGGUCUGUUCCUCCCUUCUCUGCUCCGGGCAUGACAACGAUUGACUUGUUCCCCUGGCAGCUUGCUUGCAAGUCAGCUGACACAGGCACUGUGCCCUGUCCUCCCAUCCUUAAGUGCAGAGCACCACCAUCAGGUCGGCCUUCUCAUUGUUGUUUUAAAUGCGUUUGCUUCUUCCUGCUGUGUCUUUAUUAAUGCAGGGAGCUCAUUUUAGUUGAGAUAAUUAGUGCAAUAUUCCAAUCUAGGAGGACAAGCCCAGAAUGUGCCCUCUUGGACUGCAGUAAUUCUUGAUGCAAAAUGAAUUUUCAAAGACGGUUAUGAGAUGUUUGACUCUAUAGAUUCAUUUUCAACACUAGGAAGAAAACCUAGAGGGACAAAAAACUUUAUACCCUUUAUUACUUGUGCCAGCUAGUUUCCUUGCCAGCUUGGAAGUUAAGUUUUCUCUCCUUUUACUCCCAAGAGGAAUUCUGCAGUACGAGCUAUUCAGAUUUCUGGCCUACAUAUGGUGAAUGCUUCCAGAACUAGGGGAUUAGAAGGGAGACCUUACAGUUGUUUUUUCUCCUUUAUCCAGCUCUCCUUGUUGUACUUUGUGCACAGUGUCCUUGUUGUGUCCAGGUGAAUGCCCUGUUUGCCCAGUAUUAUAGUUUGGCCCGUUAAAUAGUCUGUUUAAUAUCCACCAAGAGUAUUGAUUUUUGGCUUGGCUUUUUUUCCCUCCUUCUCUUUUUCUGCGUUUUUACAGAAGUUCAGUUGAUGAAACGAGCCAAACAGCAAAGUGCAGUGCAUGCUUUUAAGUCUUUCUGGAAGCUGCACCUAAAAUGUUCCCUUUUUGUGGAGAAGCAUGCUAGUAGAACUGGGAGGACAGAUAGCUCUGUGUGCAGCAGAAUCACUGAGGGUUAUGGCAAAUAACCGGGGAAUUCACAUUUCUGCAGUAACUGCAUCUGCCACAUUGUUUUCUGUAGCCUCUCAUUGUCCCAGUUGCACAGGAAUGCUGUACAAUGUCCACCUCAGUGAAACUGGUCUCAGCUAGAAAGUGGUUUAGUCCCUUCUACUUGGGCAAGAAGGAACAAUAUUGCUACUGCAUUGUUCAGUGGAUAGGUUACAUUUUGCUGCAGUAGACAACUUGGAACACUCAUUAAUACCUGGGUUUCAGCCCCAGAAUGGACAAACCCCCCCAGAAUAGGAAGCUUCAAGGGUUAGUUUAAGCUUUAAUAUGUCGGUGAUUCAGUCAGUGUAGAAAUGGUGUGUGUUCCUUCUGUAGCGUUACUUUCCUCUGCCUUUUGUCUCUUUUUCCUGUGACCUCUUUUCUAAACAGGAGAAGCUUACACUGUCUCCUGCCAGUCUGGUACACUGUCAGAUCCUCUCCCAUUUCAGAGUAGGACUUUUCUUAUUUAGAGCACCUCUCGAGCUCCCAGCACUGUUAGCCCCUUUCUUUUCAAGUUCUUCUCUGUCUAGGUUCUUCUGAGCCGCCUUGUUUCCCUUUUAUCCAUAGCUUCCUUCCUUUCCUUCUGUGGCUUGCCCAUUCACCCUCCCUGAUUGUGUAACAGUGACAGCUUGCUGCCUCAAAACAGAGCAUUCAAAUGAAUUCGCUUAGCCAAUAACUUCUGUGAAGUUGCCUUUUCUAAUGGUGUUAUUACUCAGUGAUGCACAAAUGUGAUAUUGCCCCUACUGGUAGGCAAACGGGGGAUCUGUAUAAACAUGGUAAACUGCUGUUUUUCUUUAAAGGAGAGCCAAAGACUUGUGCUUUACACUUUUUUUUUGUUUCCUGGUGUAGCCAUUUUGAUUGUCAAAUCUUUGUGGGGUUUUGUGAGUUGACUGUAUUAUCCUAAUAACAAUUUACAAAAGUUAAUGAUUGCCAAGCCUCAUCCAUGCAUUGAAUUGUGGAAAAUCAUUCCAUUUAGUCAUACGAUUUGCAGUGUACUGAGAUGUAUCUGGGGUGUUGUGACAUGUUUUCAGUCUCUCGUGCACUCUCUCAGCUGACAGAAUGGCUCAUUUAAAGAGAGAGAAGGAACACAGACAUCUUUAUACAAUCAAAGAAGCCUUGUCUUUAAGUAUUUUAAUCUAAAUUGAACACUGAUCUAAAAUUUCUUCAGUUACAGUAAAAGAUAAAUCUGUGUUGCAAAUGUGACUAAUUUUUAAGCCCAUUGGAACUGAAAAGACUUGUCAAACUGUAGCAUUACAUAAAAUUAGAUGUGGAAGAAGCAAAGUUGUAUGAUGAUAUUGUCUCUUGACAGCACAAAUUGAGUAAGGUGGGGCAAAUUCUGUAUUGGAAAGGGCUGGGAGUGAGGCUUUUGUUUGAUCAUACAAGAAAGCUGCUUGCAUUUCCCUUCCUUAAUCUAACUUUAACUCCUGCAGGCUCUUAAGGUUUUUUAGGUUCAGAGAGAAAUAUAUGAGUAACAUAAAGCAUCAUUUCCAUUGCCAUUUCCACUUACAGAUCUGGUCUGUAGUGCAGCAGGCUUAGAGUUUUCUGAAGAACCCCAAUAUAAAGGAUCUUUGGUUGACUAGCUAGUUCAGACCCGCUUUUAUGGUCCAAGAAAUCCAGUGCUAAUAAACAGGAGGCUCAACAGCAGGAGUGCCAGCUCAUCUUCUCUGUUCUAAAAUGGGGGAGAAAAACCAUAAAAGCAGUGUGCAAGUUUUGUGCUUUUCUGUUUUGUGUGUGAAGAGGUUUUUGUAGUCCUAGAAUAGAGAGAGGGAACACAGAGCAAAACUGGGGCAUGAUGUUAGCUUCAUAUUUGGAUUUUGUCAUUGUGCACUUUCCAAAACACAGGCUUCCUAAUCCCCUCAAUGUUAGUAGCACUGAGUUAAAAACAACCCAAAAAGUCAGUGUGUAAGCAGUGCAAUUUUUUGUAUCACAAUAAAUCAAUUCCCCUAGGUCAAAAAAAGUUCACGAGUUGUCUACAUGGUAAUUUAGACACAAACUGGAAAAAUAUCUGCCCUCCUUAAGUAAGUGCAAACUCUGAAUUUAUGAGAAAAGUAAAGCAGCUCUUCUGAGCCACCUUGUAGGUGUAGCCUUGGGAAGAACAGUUGGUGGCUGUUACCUGGGAUUUAUGAGCAUACAGGUUAUGUAGUGAAAUUGAGUUGUUCUCAGAUCGAAUAUAAUCUGAAAUGUCAAAAAUUUCAUUGGGAUUCUCUUUUCUGUACUCAACUGGUAUCAUCUCAUUAUUUUCUGUUGAAAUGUCAGGGGGGUGGCAGAUGCUAGAGUAAGUUAGUUCAAGUUAUACAAUAUCAGUGACUGACUGUGGGGAACAUUACUCCCAGCACAGUGUCCUUACACAGUUAACAUAUGGUCUUUAUUCUCGUGUAGGAAGAAGAAUGUAAGUGCUUAGUGUUGUCACAGCCUUCAGGGUGCUUCUUGUGAUGCAGGUAGAGGCUUGAUUAGCAAGGAAAGGGGAAUAAACUCAAUACUGAUUUUCUUUAUAACUUCAUUUCCUAGUGGUAAGUGUAAUAUCAUACCAUGGAAGUUCUUUGAACACUCUUAUAAGCAAAGAGGGUGCAGCUCUUUCUGAAACUUCCCAAUAUAAAGAGCAUGUGGGAAUGUGGAUUUGCAUCAGGAAUAUCCCAGACAUUUGAAGCUUAAACUAUGUGACCGUGUUAAUCAAAACUGGAUGCUUAGAGCUUAGUAACCUAAAUAAUUAACUGAUCUUUCCCUGGAAAUCUUUGCAAUUCCAGUGAGUUUGUGUAUGAUUUUAGUGCAAAUUGCCCCAUGUUCAGCAUUUGGGAAAGUUUAGGUGCAAAGUGGGUGUUUCUGGUUAUACAGGUUGGAUGUUUUCAUAUUCCAGGAAGCAGCUGACGCUAAGAUCUGGGAGUUUUAGGAAAACACAAUUAUUAACUUCAAUUUGAAAAAUACAGUCUUGGGAAAGAUGGAAGCAACAAGUGGUGCAGUGUCUCUGAAAAUAAAAAGCAUCAGUGAUGAUGGAGUUACAUAUGAAAUGUAUGUGGGGAAAAUAUAUCUGUAAAAAAAAAAAAAUAAUAAUCUUGUGGAGUAUUUGAUGUUUAAGAAAUUACUUGCUUCUUUGUAAUGUUAAAAGGAUAUAUUCACAAUUCUGUGGCAGAUGGUACUCACAAGUCUUUGGCAUCCAAACCAGAUUGUGUAUUGGAUGGAUCCCACAACUGGAUGUGUGCACUGACCUUUAAGCUUUUAAAACUGAACUUGGUAGCAGCAUGUUAUAAAUGUCUAAAGCAACGUGAGGCAGAAGAGAAGAUACCCUGUUCACAUCACAACUGCUGCACAGGUUACAAUUGGUACCUUUAAUCUGCAGCCUCUCAUAAGUGAAGCUGCUCUAGCAUGGGCAAAUCUAGCACAUCUAAUGUCUUUCAGGUUUUUUUCUCAUAUUAAGGAGUUCCUAUUACCCCUUUGGCCUCUGCUUGCUGUGUAAGCAGCCUCUAUGCUGAGAGGAGCUUUCCUUGAACUCAGCUUAGCAAUUGUGCUCUAGCUUGAUUAUUUUUCCCUGUUUUCUGUAUCUGGUAGCAUAGUGUCAAGCUCUUUCCCCAUUGUAUUUGUUGCUAUGGGGAGGGAGAGGUGAGGCAAGGCAUGUGAGGGAGGAGGGAAGAAGCCUUGUGGGAUCUUCUGUGUGACAGCUCCCACCCCCUCUUUAAAAUAAUCUACUUCCAGUUGUGGGAUUUCUCUAUAGAUUAAUUUUUUUUUCCUGGUUUUUGUAAGCCUAGUUUUCUUUGAUCUUGUUAGUUCUGUACAAGUCUCCCCGAGACAUUCUGCAGUCAUUAUCACCUUUUUGGGUGGAGUUUAUUUUUGGUUUGUUUGAUUUUUUUUUUAAAUAACUUUUUAACAUUGGUGCAUAUAUGCUUGGGAUAGAGCUCAUGUAAUUUUCCAAUCGUAUUGAUUGUAUGUGAUUGUGCCCUGCAGAGGUAUAUUUAACAAAAAAUAAAAAGAUAGUCUAGGUAAUAAAGGAGACCAUGAGAUUUGUUGAGUCAGGUUAUGAACUAUUUCUUGAAUUUGUUUAGGAUCCUGGAUAGGUUAAAUUGUCUGUCUGCUGUUCUCAUAAAUCAAUGCUAAACAAAAUGUCAUGAAUUCUCCCUUUCUGUUUGAACUAGUUCUUUUCUUGCUUUUCUUCUCUUUCUGCUGUUUUCUUCCUUUCCUGCUUCCCCAUCAAAAGAAUGGCUGACUCUGGGUUGAUAUUGUGAAUAUUUAUUGUUUUAACUAUCAAAAGAUUUUAAAUAAGAGUGGAGGUUAAGUAGAAAGUAUGGGAAGAAUUCCAUAAACUGAAUUCUUUGUGAGUUCAGGGGGAUUUUGAAGUCUUGUGCAGACAAGACUUAAGACUUCAGCCUUGAAGACAAGGCUGGUCAUGGGGGAGACACUGAGGCACACAAGGCAUUUAUAGGUCUUGCCUUGAAAGUUUAGGUGCUUUACUGCCUUUUGGAAAAACUCUUGAGAUGACAAAAGGAGUAGAAGAGAGAGACAGUUCACUGUAUCAACUCCCUGUGUCUUUAUUCCUGCAGCAUACUUUUUAAACUUGAAAGAAAAGCUUUCUAGAUGUUAUACUGAAGUGGCAUGGAGUGGAUUGAAGGAGGCAAAAGGGAAGAGGAUCCAGAGAGUGGAAAGUCAGUAUUUGUCUCCUUUAUUUCUUUUUUAGAACUGUAGAGCCAGCAGUGUCACUUCUGUAUUAAGAGCAGGGAGUCGGAAACCUACAGUGUGUACAUGGUGGUCAUAUAGAAAAAGCCCUAUGUUGAAAUGCUAUUUCUUCUUCCCUUUUCACCUUGCUUUUUCUCCCUCCUAAAGCUGACUCAGCCUCACCUUGCUUCCACAUAGUGUCUAAGGGUCCUUUGAGUUGCAGAUUCAACAAAAAACCUUCAUUGAGUGGAAAGGUGGUGAUUCACUACUUGGUUUGUAAAUAGAUGGAAGUGUCAACAAGGUCUUAUCUGCUUUUCUGUCAGCAUUUAUAUUAAAUGAUAAAUUAAUGGAGAA